UGUCAAGGUGUUCCUGACUGAUAGGGCGAUUUUGUCAGUGACACAGGCCCUAUCUCCACCAACCCCCGAAAGGUUGCGGAGCAACCAGAGGGGUUGUGGGGCGCAGCACUUCUUAGGGUCGACGUAGUUUCCUGUGGGUGUUCCUGCUCCUCUCGUUGUCUCGCUGUACUCGUCUUUUUUACUUGUCCUGGCUCACUUUAUCACCAGGCUCGUAUAGGCUGACAGAACGGAGAUCGUCCUGUUUCCAGUGCUGGAGACCAGGUGGGAGUACCUGCAUGCGGGUAGGGGUGUGACCUUCUCCGGACAGGGGUCAGACACACUUUAUGGCACUACUGGACUAGAGGGUAGAGGUCAAACAAGAUGGAUAUCUGAUGCACCCUGAGAGGGGAGCAUCAUAUUCUAACCUUUAAUAUGUUUACAAGAUAAGGGUGGGAGUUCAGUCUAAAUGAUUUUCUUGAGCUUUUUUUCUGGGAAACCAAAGUUAGCCUUUACAAACAAAAUGUUGUUGUUUUUUUGCAUUUUCCGUAAAGAUGUUUCAAGUAUUUUUUAAAUCAUUUGAGGUCAAGGUCAAGUGGGAGUCUCAUCUUUGGAAAAUAACAGCCAGGAAUGCUCAAAAGAAGCAGUGAGUUCAAGGACAGACGAUUCAACAUCUGAGAAACAUCAAUGGAAAACAAUUUCAGCUUUGAGGAGGACAGUGACAUGUCAUAUGAAGAUAACGACUCGGCCUUCCCCUCUCCGGUUAGACUGACUGUUCCCGGUCAGAGCAGCAUCUAUGACGUGGAGGGGAGGAGGGAGGAAGAGGAGGAGGAGGAGAAUGAGCCACUUGUGGAGGCCAUCAUCAUCCCCACUGGUUCGGAGGCUCAUCUGAACCUGAACACCAAUGCCAACACAAGAGGGGACGCUCAAGCCUACGUGGAGCUGAAUGAGCUCCAGGACAGCACCUGGCAGGAAACUGGCCGCUGGGUGGGCUACGAGGAGAACUUUAACCCUGCCUCGAGAAAAUGGGGUCCUUCUCAUGUCUCCUAUCUCACCUUCAAGAGUCUGAUCCAGCUCCGCAAGGCCAUGACCACAGGGGCCAUCAUCUUCGACCUGAAUGCCAGCAGUCUGUCUGCUGUGGCUGAGAAGGUGGCUGACGAACUGCUGAACAAGAAUGAGAUUCGUGCCAGCGACCGGGAUGGCCUGCUCAGGGCUCUCCUCAUGAGACGCAGUCAGUCCGAGGGACCUGUGGUUACGCCCUCUGGAGACAUUCAGAUGCAGACAUUUUCUGUGACCAACAAGAGAGAAAGCUCUGACAACAUGGAGGCCUCAAUUGUCCUUUCAGGUGUCCUGGACUUCCUGCAGAAACCAGCGGUGGCUUUCGUCCGACUGAGCGACUCAGUGGUGAUGGAGUCUGCCCUGGAGUCUCCUGUGCCGGUCCGCUUCAUCUUUGUCCUGGUGGGCCCCAGCCAGAGCGGGAUAGACUACAGGGAGAGUGGGCGAGCCAUGGGUACUCUGAUGGCUGACUGGGUGUUCUCUCUGGAAGCCUUCUUGGCCCAGACUGAGAUAGAUCUGACCAAUGCCAUUGCCGAUUUCAUGGACUGCAGCAUCGUGAUUCCUCCCACUGAGAUCCAAGAUAAGGCGAUGCUGGAGCCAAUCAUCGGUUUCCAGAAGAAGAUGCUGCGCGACAGACUUCGCCCCAGUGACUCCCGUAUUGCAUUUGGUGACAGGGUCAAAGUUGACAAAUCUCUAGAGGGGCCGAGGGAGGACCCUCUGGCCCGUACUGGCUAUCCUUUCGGUGGGAUGGUGAGGGACAUUAAGCGCCGUUACCGCCACUACAUCAGCGACUACACGGACGCUCUGAACCCUCAGGUCCUCGCAGCCGUCAUCUUCAUCUACUUCGCCGCCCUCUCCCCGGCCAUCACUUUUGGAGGACUUUUGUCUGACAAAACGGAAAAAAUGAUGGGUGUGUCCGAGCUUAUGAUCUCCACCAGCAUCCAGGGUAUCAUCUUCUGUCUUAUUGCCGCCCAGCCUGUCCUUGUCAUCGGCUUCUCUGGACCACUGUUGGUGUUUGAGGAAGCUUUUUUCGCUUUCUGCAAGUCCCAGGGCAUUGAGUACAUUGUGGGUCGUAUCUGGGUGGGGAUGUGGCUGAUAGUGAUCGUGAUCAUCAUCGUGGCUGUGGAAGGCAGCUUCCUGGUCCGAUUCAUCUCCCGCUUCACCCAAGAAAUCUUCUCCAUCCUCAUCUCGCUCAUCUUCAUCUAUGAGACCUUCAAUAAGCUCAUCAAGAUCUUCAAAACCCACCCUCUGAUUCUGAACUACGAGCAUCUGAACACCACGCUGGACAACCCCUUCCACCCAGUCAUCACGGAGCACAUCGAGUACCAUUCAGACGGCAACGUAACCAUCCACGAGCUGGAGAUUGAAAGGCCAUACCCCAACACUGCCCUGCUGUCUAUGUGCCUGAUGUUUGGUUGCUUCUUCAUCGCAUACUUCCUCCGGCAAUUCAAGAAUGGUCAUUACCUUCCAGGCCCCAUCCGUCGUUUGAUCGGAGAUUUCGGCGUCCCCAUUGCUAUUUUCAUCAUGAUCGCUGUGGAUAUCAGCAUUGAGGAUGCCUACACUCAGAAACUGGUUGUGCCAAAAGGAGUUGAAGUGACCAACCCCAAAGCCAGAGGCUGGUUUAUCAACCCCAUGGGAGAAAAGAAGGACUUCCCCAUCUGGAUGAUGGCUGCCUGCUGUGUGCCUGCACUGCUCGUCUUCAUCCUCAUCUUCCUCGAGUCCCAGAUUACGACCCUGAUUGUGAGCAAACCUGAGAGGAAGAUGAUGAAAGGGUCUGGCUUCCAUUUUGAUCUCCUCAUCCUGGUCACCAUGGGAGGCAUCUCCUCUAUCUUCGGGGUGCCCUGGCUGAGCGCCGCCACUGUGCGAUCCGUCACCCACGCCAAUGCUCUCACUGUCAUGUCCAAGGGCCCGAAACCAGAGAUUGAGAAGGUGAUCGAGCAGAGGAUCAGUGGCUUUCUUGUGGCCAUCCUGGUCGGUGUUUCUAUUUACAUGGAACCUAUACUGAAGAUGAUUCCCAUGACGGCAUUGUUCGGCAUCUUCCUCUACAUGGGUAUCACCUCUCUGAGCGGAAUCCAGAUGUGGGACAGGAUGCUUCUGCUGAUCACACCAAAGAAAUACCAUCCUUCUGAUGCCUACGCCACCAGGGUUAAGACGUUGCGGAUGCAUCUCUUCACCCUAAUCCAGCUCGUGUGUCUGGCCGUCCUGUGGUUGGUGAAGAUGAGUCCCUUCUCUCUGGCUCUGCCUUUUGUUCUCAUUCUCACCAUCCCACUGCGCAUGUUCAUGACCGGCAGGCUCUUCACUGUCAUGGAGAUGAAAUGUCUGGAUGCAGAUGAUGGCAAAGUGACAUUUGAGGAGGAACCUGGGGAGGAUGUGUACUAUGAGUCCCCACUGCCAUAAACAUCACCAUAGCAUUAAUAUUUAAUUCACAAACUUUUAAGUGAACUCAGUUCUCGAUUGCCAGUAAUUAUGUGAAAACCGAAUAUCAGGUGCCUUUGAAAAUAUGUAUUUGUAAACAACUCUUUACAGGUUCACACUGUUCUGUUAUUAUUAUUUAUCUUUAAAGGGAUUUACCUCUCAUUUCUAGAAUUCAUACAUAAUCCUGCAGCUGAAAUUUUAUUUGUGACCACAAUAGGAAAAUAAUAUGCAGUCCAUAUUGUCAUCAAGACGUAUUACUACUUGUCCUAUGCUUUCUCAUUUUCCAUACUUCACUUUCAUUUUUCAUCUGUUGUGGCAUUAAUUUUGCCAUCAUUAAAAUUCUCACGUUAUUGUUUCUACUUAAGGUGUUCGUAUUGAGAGAUAUUUUCCUUUAAGACGUGAGGUAAAUCCAUAGAUAAUAUUGUUUUUGUUUUUUUUUUUAAAAAAAUGCCUGACUAGAGUAUAGCUUUAAAGUGAUUACCGGUGCUGCCAACGUAGAUUUGCCCAUGUUAUAAUAAUAUAACUUCACUUUACCUCAUGUUCACUAUUUAAAUUCAGCAGAUUUGACCCAUUAAGCCCUUUACACAUGCACAAAUAAUGUAUUUUCGCGGGACUACCACCCCUGCCUAUGGUCCAUACAGUAGCCUUUCCACUGUUUAUUCUCAAAAAUGUUUCAAGCCAUGUUACUCAAGUUUGCCUCAAUUCAUAUAUUGUGUAUGGUCUACUUAAAAACUUGGUCUUAUCUGUUCAGUUGACCUGUUUUGAAUGUGUAACGAGAGAUGUGUAAUGCACUUAGAUUGGAUUUUAAGCGUGUAAUUGCUUUCAUGAUUAUAAACUGGGAUGGGCAGUAAUGGGUAGAUAGCGGAUGAUGAGAUAUAAUUGUUUGACCGACUGUUGCACUGAUGAUAUAAUCUGAGAAAAACUUAUUUGUAAAUGUAUCUUACUGAGCCUUUUGUGUUACCUAUCAUGUGUUUGUGUGCUUGAAACACUGUACAUGCUUUGGAUUUAAUCUUUACUAAAAAUAAAA